CACAGAAAUGAUCAGUUUUAACAUUUUGGGUUUGUUUGUUGUUUUUUUUUUCCCAGUUAUUCUGAAGAUUUAAUGUGAUUACUUAAAGCCAUUAACUGAAGUAGCUGGGACUUGGGGGAAGAGCAAUUUGGUUUCUGCUCUCUGCCAACAAGCUAAAAGAGUUCUUACGUACCUGCUCUCAAGCGCUUUGUCUUGAAACGAUCACUGUUGUAGCAUUUGCUGCCGAGCUUGUAUGAGCAGGUGCUUUUUGAUAGGAAGGAAAUGGCUUUUGCCUUUGACAAGUGUUUCUUUUCACAGCGAUAACUCACAGGUGUUCCAGGCUAACGUUCUGCGAACCCGCAGGAACAGCACCACGGUUAUGAAUCGUCACAGUCUGUUUGUGCCAUCAUCUCCCAUCCGUAUUCCUAGCAGCCGUCUUCAUCAAAUCAAACAAGAAGAAGGAAUGAAUUUGAUGAACAGAGAAACAGUACGUGAAAGAGAAGUGCAAGUAGCAAUGCAAAUGAGCCACUCAUGGGAGGAGAGCUUGAGUCUGAGUGACAAUGAUUUUGAAAAAUCAUCAUCACCAAAGCAAGUCGACUUUGUCCCAGUUUCUCCAGCUCCUUCACCUACCAGAGGAAUAGGGAAGCAAUGUUUCUCGCCAUCCUUGCAAAGUUUGGUGAGCAGCAGUGGGUUACCUCCCAGUACCAGCCCCAGUCCAACCAGGCGAUUUUCGAGCAGGAGAAGCCAGAGUCCAAUUAACUGCAUUCGACCAAGUGUUCUUGGCUCUAUAAAAAGAAAAGGUGUAACAGAGAUAGAAGAUCAUCCGAAAAGAUUAUUCCAAGGAUCCUCCCACAUGCUGACCCCUGAAGUUUCACAUCAGGCAGACCUUGGGGGAUGUCUGUCGUCACACGCUCUCGAUGACACCAGAAGCAGCGCGGGCUCUUCCUGUGACUCACCAGCUGAAGCUGGCACCAGCACAGACUCUCCGGUCUCACUCUCUGACUCCAGAUCGCCCUUUUUACCAGUAGAUCUUACAGCAAAGUUACCUAUUAAUUGAGAAGCAGAAGUUUGCUAACGGACACCGAGAAACAGCCUGGAUAUCACUAAGACUUUCUGUUGUGUGUAACUGAUUCUGUUCCUCAUAGGAACUUCCAGAAAUGUCAUUAUUUCUAGAAAACUUCCAGAAUAGUUCCUUGAGGAGGAAUUCAGAUUUCUAGUGAUGUGUAUGACAUUUACUAAAAUACAGUAAGCAUUUGAAUUGCAAAGGUGUUUGAUGCUAACAUGGGGGAGCAAGCUGUUGAUUUAUAAUGGGUAUCAUCAUGUUGGCAUAAGUUAGAAAUACUCUGUACGUUCUGCUCCUGGAAGAUGUAGCUUUCCAUCAGCCACGAGGCAGAGUCUUCACUAAUAGAAGGUGGUGCUCAUGCAGUAGCAGAUAACUUUCACGCUUGUCCUCAGUCUGAACCCAAUGAAGCAGGUUACUCAUUUGGCUUUGUUCCCCAAGUGUUAGAUAUUUGUAUUUUCUGUUCUUCAUACAAAAGGGGGACUACCAGGGGGUGGGAAUUGAUGCUUGUGUUCUGUUCUGAUCGGCUGUUAAUCGAUUGUGAUCUGAUACAUGUCAAAAGAACAAGCUGGUGAAUUGUCAAAUUUAUAUGUUGGAUUUUAUUCGUGAUCAUGACUGCUGUUGUGACUAAAUCCAAAUUAGAUUCGGAACAUUCUUCUGGGGUUUUGUAUUGGGUUUUUUUUCCUUCCCUGUUUUGAUGAUGUAUUAGAGUGGUAGAUGCUCCGUUAAAUGUCUUUUAAUAGGGAGAAAUAGUAAUAAUGUUUGGAACAAACAUUAAAUCCCGAGGUUUUAGUACUUAGUACUUCAGAAGUACAUUAUUUUAACAGACAGUAUUUGUCCUCAUGUAUGGGUUUUUUUUGACAAAUAGAGUGAGGAAUCUUGAAUGCCUUUUUACAGGCUGAGGCAAUCAAACACGUUUAAUCUGUGUCUCCUGAUGUCGCUUCCUUAAACAAUAGCAUUGAGUUAUUUCUGUUGCUGAAAACUUCAGAUGCUGAUCGGAAGCCUAGACUUUGGUCAUCUGAGAUGUUUUGGGAUUCUUGUACCAUUUUGUGAAAAAUCAGUGGGUUGAGGCAUCCUGAGAUUCCCCAAACAGGAGGAAAAAUCUGCAAAGCCCACCAUAGAGAGCUGUUUCAGAUUUUCCAGUGGCAGCCUCAUUUGGAUUGUUGACUCCUCUUGUGCAAUUGAACUUCCCCCACAGCAGGGGGCUGGAACUGGAUGAUCUUUAAGGUCCCUUCCAACCCAAACCAUUCUGUGAUUCCCCAGCUGGGUUCCCAUCUGCACUGUCUGCUUUCGAGCCUUCUCUCCAGAGAGGUUAAUAAUGAAGCAAAAUGGUUUCUUUUCAAACACUAAAACUUUGUGAUGUGUCAUAAAGUGAGAAAAAUAUGGAAAUUUCCUCAAGUAGGAGAAAAGCUCACACUGAACUCUGCUGUGGAAGAGCUACAUUGAUGAAGCUUUCAAUGACAGCAGCCAUCAAAAGCAGAAACGGACGACUUGGAGCGCGAGGACCUGGUGACCUGAGGACCAAUGACUGGUUUCCGCAUGUCCUUAUUGUAGAAAGGAAAUAGAAGCUUAUUUUAUUUGGUUCAAGUAAGAGAUGACAUGGUUUAUUUCUGAUUUGAUUCCUCUUAAAUUAUUAUUAACGGUCAACUUCCUGAUUGCAGGGUUGUUGUUUUUCAGUUGAGGCUGCCCUUCACCCUGUGGCGGGUGGGCAAGCUUGUGUUUAAUGCCCGUUUGCUUGCUCUCUCUAAUAUAUCAUAGUUUUUGUUUCGCAAUUUCAGGUUAUGUGCCAAAGAGUUGCUGUGCCUUCACUCUCGUGGUGAGGGCAAGAGUUUGCUUGUUUGUUUGUUUUUAAAUCUUGCUUAUUUUUUAAGUAUGAAUCUCCUGGUGUCUCUUUCACUCUCUUUUUUAAAAGAUGCAUCAGUAGAGGGGUUUAACAGCUGCGUGUGGAUCAACUUGUCUCUUUUCUGUUGAAUAUUUAUGCUAUUUUUCAAAUAAGUGCCAAUAAAUGGAAAAAGAAAUGUG